AUAGCGAAUCUGAGCCGUCCAAUCUAAUAACAACCCUCUCUCUUCGCCUAUAUAAACAUUAUCAUCCCCAUCUUACCCACCUGUCUAUUCACAAACUUUCAUCUUUCGAGGAGCAAGAAAAGAAGAACAAGUCGCCAAACAACUCACAGGAGAAUUAAGAGAUGGCCCGUACAAAACAAACCGCCCGUAAGUCAACCGGAGGGAAGGCCCCCAGGAAGCAGCUUGCAACCAAGGCUGCUCGCAAGUCUGCUCCCACUACUGGAGGAGUCAAGAAGCCUCACAGAUACAGACCUGGAACCGUUGCUCUGCGUGAAAUUCGCAAGUACCAGAAGAGUACCGAGCUGUUGAUCAGGAAGCUCCCGUUCCAGAGACUGGUGAGGGAAAUUGCUCAGGACUUCAAGACCGACCUUCGUUUCCAGAGCCACGCUGUCUUGGCUCUCCAGGAGGCUGCGGAGGCUUACUUGGUGGGUCUCUUUGAGGACACCAACUUGUGCGCUAUCCAUGCCAAGCGUGUCACAAUCAUGCCCAAAGACAUCCAAUUGGCUAGGAGAAUCCGCGGAGAGCGUGCUUAGGCUGCCGGUUUAAGUUGUGUUGCUUUUUAAGUUGGUAGAUAUAUGUUUAGGAACUAUGUGAUAGUAAAAGCUGUUUAGCGGGGAUUUGUUUAAUUCUAUUCUGAAGGUUGUAGUAUGGUGGAGAAUUUCCGUUGUCAGGGAACUAAUAUUUGAUCUGUUGGUUUGAUCUUUAAUACCAUAAAGACUAUACUUAUAUGUUUUAA